UGGGAUGCACUGCUCUUGUGCCUAUUUACGUGUGUGCUCAACCUCGUUCAUUCUUCAUCAUUCUUCCCAUCCGCCAGCUUCCCUCACUUCUGGACAUUAUGGCGUGUCCACACGUUCAUUCAGGAGACCUCAGACCACCCAGACCUACCCAAAGCGUGUACCGAGAGGACUGCACGCAAUGCUUUGACUCUACAGACGACCCCGCCGGCCUUGAUGUCUGUCUACAGUGCUUCAACGGCGGAUGUGCAGGGGAACGAAAUCACUCUUUCUUACACCACUCGACGACCGGCCAUCCUCUCGUAUUGAACAUCAAACGGACCAGAAAACAAGUGCAGCGGGAUGAACCUCCGCCAAAAAUCACAAAACUGGCGAUUGCUGCUGAAACAGAGGAGGACAAAUAUGAGACAACUACUACGGUCAAAUGUUAUGCAUGCCAAUUGCAGGAUGUGGACAAACACUCGGGCAAUCUGCCUGCUGUCAUACAUGGCGUAAUGAAUGCCAUGGCCUUUUCCCAAAAAGAGGAGGUGAAGGCGUGGGAACAAGAGUUUACACCUUGCGAACACACUCUCUGUCUCGAGCAGCACCCGAGCCGGCAGAUCGAAUCUCAAAACCUAGGUGGAUGUUCCAUGUGUGACUUGAAGGAGAAUCUCUGGCUCUGCCUGGAAUGUGGUAACCUGGGUUGUGGACGGGCACAAUUUGGUGGCGUGGGUGGCAAUUCACACGGUCUGGCGCACGCAACCGAGGCCAGUCACGCUGUUGCCGUCAAGCUUGGUUCGAUCACGCCUGAAGGAAAUGCGGAUGUUUACUGUUAUCAGUGCAACGAAGAGAGAAUCGACACCGAGCUUGCGAAGCAUCUGGCACAUUGGGGUAUCAACAUUGCGGAUCGGGAAAAGACUGAAAAGAGUCUCAUGGAGAUGCAAGUCGAGCAGAACCUCAAAUGGGACUUUUCGAUGACAACAGAGGAUGGCAAAGAGCUUUCUCCUUUGUUUGGAGAGGGCUUUACCGGCCUCAAGAACCUUGGAAACAGUUGCUAUCUCAACAGCACUGUACAAUGUUUGUUCGCAUUGCCAGAAUUCCAACAACGUUACUAUCAUCCGGAGCAGCCUCCACCUUCGACCAACCUCCCUGCUGAAGAUAUUGAGACCCAACUGCGAAAAUUAGCGGACGGCAUCCUAUCUGGUCGGUACUCUCAUCCUGAUAACAUCGUACACGCGGCUCCGGACAGCCCUGAAGUUCCACAUCAGAAGGGCCUCGCUCCUGCCAUGUUCAAACACCUGGUUGGACGUGGCCAUGAAGAGUUCUCAACAAUGAGACAACAAGACGCUUUCGAAUUCCUCCUGCACCUGUUCAAACUUAUCAGCAUUUCCAACACCUCCAAUCCAAACGAAGACCCCAUACGAUCCUUCCGCUUUGCACUCGAGCAACGCUUGCAGUGCCUGAACUGCAAGCGAGUCAGAUACCGGACAGAUGAACAGGACAACAUCUCGAUACCUGUCCCUGUGCGGAGGAAACCCGCUUCCAAUGGUGCCGAUGCAACAACAGAUGCGGAUAAAAAGUCCGAGUUCGACCCGGUGUCGCUGGAAGAAUGCUUGGACGUUUUUACCGCUCCAGUUGGCGUUGAGCUGAGUUGUCCGGCGUGCGGGUCAAAAGCUGGAUUUUCCAAAUCGUCCAAGUUCAAGACGUUUCCCAAAAACCUAGCAAUCAAUCCUCUCCGAUUUGAAGUUAUCAACUGGGUGCCGACCAAACUCGACAUUCCUGUACAAGUCACGGACGACAUAGACCUGAGCAAGUACAAAUCGACAGGUCUCCUACCAGACGAGGAAGAUUUACCUGAAGAUGCAGAUGUGGGAGGCUCGACUUCUGGCUCAACGUCAUUUGUUCCAAAUGAAGCUGCUUUGGCUCAGCUCGAGUCAAUGGGAUUCCCACUCGUGCGCUGCGAAAAGGCGCUCCAUGCCACUGGCAACGCCGAUGCCGAGGCGGCGAUGACCUGGCUAUUCUCGCAUAUGGAAGAUCCUGACAUCGACGAGCCUCUGAACCUUGGUAGUGGUGCUGCGGGUGGUUCAGGGGAUGAUGCGGACAAGAUCGCCCAACUUGGCGACAUGGGCAUCAGUGCGCCUCAAGCCCGAAAGGCAUUGCGAGAGUGCAACGGAGAUGUCAACAGAGCUCUAGAUUGGGUUUUCAGCCACCCAGAUGAUCUAGGCGACUUCAGUGAGGAUGCAUCUGAGCCGGCCAAGCCGAAAGAGCUUCCGGGGACAGAGCAAUUGCCGGCAAAAUUCGAGCUACAGAGCAUCGUAUGUCACAAGGGAGCCAGUGUCCAUGCCGGUCACUAUGUGGCGUUCGUACGGAAGUCCAUUCCUGGGGAAGGCAAGGGGAAGCACUGGACCCUGUUUAACGACGAAAAGGUGGUCGAGGCGUUGGAUGCUGAGGAGAUGAAAAAGACGGCAUACAUCUAUCUCUUCUCCCUGCUGCCUUGAUGCCCAAAGCCUCUCUCGGAAGGGGUGGAACGCUUCUGCAUGUCAAAGAAGCGGAAAUGAAUUAUGACAACUAAAAAGAUGAUGGCUAUUAUUGACUUAUCGGAGUUCUAGAAAACGGUCAACACUGCUCCCACAGCAGGUGAAGGGGCCGGCUAGCAUAGACGAGCAACUCGCUCCUCGGUACCAUCAAAAAGCAUAGUAGCAUACUGAAAA